UCUUAUUUUGAAAUCCGGAAGUGUGCUUGCAGUGAGUGUAGUUGACGCUAACAGGUGGGAACAUGUCGGCUCCUUGCAGGCUGCUGCUCAGCCGGUUACCGGCUCUCUGUCCGGUUGUUUUCACUUCACAGCUGCGGAGGAAUCGUCCGGUGAGCUGUCCGGUCGGAGGACGGCGGCUGUCACACACACACACAGGAUCAAACCUUCGACCACUGGAGGGCGUCAGAGUGUUAGACCUGACCAGAGUUCUGGCCGGGCCCUUCGCCACCAUGAUCCUGGGAGAUCUGGGCGCCGAGGUGAUCAAAGUGGAGAGACCAGGUGCAGGUGAUGACACCCGAGCGUGGGGUCCUCCGUUUGUCGCCACCGAGAGCGCCUACUUCCUCAGCGUCAACCGAAACAAGAAAAGCAUUUCUGUGGACCUGAAACAUCCCAGAGGAGCAAACGUCAUCCAGGAGCUUGCAGCGGUGUGUGACGUGCUGGUAGAAAACUACGUUCCGGGUAAACUUCAGCAGAUGGGUUUAGGACACGAGCAGCUCAGCAGAGUGAACCCACGACUCAUCUACUGCUCCAUCUCAGGUUACGGACAGACCGGGCCUCAGUCUCAGAGUCCAGGCUACGACUCCAUCGCGUCGGCUGUGUCGGGGAUGAUGCACAUCACCGGGCCGGAGGAUGGCGACCCGGUGCGUCCAGGCGUCGCCAUGACAGACCUGGCAACAGGGCUGUACGCACACGGAGCCGUCAUGGCCGCCCUGCUGCACCGACACAAGACGGGGAGCGGCGUUCACAUCGACUGUAACCUGCUGUCAUCACAGGUUUCCUGUCUCAGCCAUAUUGCUGCUAACUAUCUGAAUGCAGGGAAGGAGGCGAGGCGCUGGGGGACUGCCCACGAGAGCAUCGUACCUUAUCAGGGUUUCAAAACCAAAGACGGACACAUCGUUGUGGCUGCAGGCAAUGACAAACAGUUUGUCAAAGUCUGUCAGGUUCUGGAGCUGGUGGAGCUCACAGAUGAACCGAAAUACAAAACCAACAAGCUGAGAGUCCAAAACCGCAAACAACUGCUGCACACUCUGUCGCAGAGCUCUGGAAAACUUCUCCAAUACACACCAUUGUAA